AUGAAUGUAACUAUGUGUGGUAAAUUCCGUGCUGUAAAGACCUGGUUUCCCGAUACAUUGAAGAAUGAUGGAAAGUACCAAUUCAACGAUCAACAUUUCAAAGAGUAUUGUACUAAUCAAAAUUGUGAUAGUGAUCUCGCUAAAAUUAAUGCUGUGUCUUUAUUUUUGUUUAAUGAACUCUUUGGGAGUUCUGAUUCGUUCACGAUUAAUGCAAAAAGUAAUAUCAAUAUUGUUGAUUACAUUAUCAUAUGGUUAAGUUACAUGCUAAGCUUAAAUAAAAAUAUGAAUUAUAAGAAUAUAUAUGAUUUUUAUGAGGAGAAUAUAAAGAAUGGUAGUAAGUAUAAUCAGAAAAUAACUGAAGUUAACGCUUAUAAUAGUUAUAAUGAUCUCAUAGAUAAAAGAAAGGAUUUGUUGAAUAUUAAUUUUGAAGAUAUGUCUAAAUUUUAUGAUGCAUUUAAUACAUUAUGUGAAAUGUAUAGUGGACUUGAUAUAAAUAACUCAAAUUGCGAUAUUUGUUUAAAAAAAUCUAAAGAAUUUGCUAAAAAAUAUGAUGAUCUCAAUGAAAGUUAUAAUAAUACUAAAGGCAGCCCCUAUAGUCAAUUAUUGUCUAGAUUAUCAAAUGAUUAUGAUAAUUUUAAAAAUAUAUAUAAAAAUCCCCAAAUUAGCAAUUUUCCAAUCCUUCCAACAUAUUCACGAAGAUCAGUAAUAAAAAAAACAUUAAUGUCAAUUGGAUUUAUAUUUUUUGCAGUAUCAAUUUUUUUUGGAAUUGCUUAUAAGUAUUCAUUAUUUGGAUUUCGGAAACGAUCUAAAAAACAUUUAAAAGAAAAACUAAAAAAAUAA